CGUGCCAUCAUCCCCCGCGAGCUUCGUCCGUCUUCUCCGCCGCCGUUCAAGGUGCGCGCACGUUCAGUCUGCAGACGAGCCCCGCUCGAGCCAUCCUGCUCACCCAAGGCACCACUCUCUCAGUCACGCACCAGUUGCACCCGCAGCUCGCACCCAGGAGCCGCCUGCAAGUCUCACAGGAGAAGGGUCGCCGCCGUACGUAACCAGGCUCGAAGAUGACAUCGCCGCUGACCUUGGGAGUGCUCUGCGUGUGCCUCAUGAUUGGCACCGCGUGGACCUUCCGGCUGCCGCAGUCUUGCACUGGUCCACAGGACUGCCUCCAUGACGAAUGCUGCGUUGUCGGAAUGCAGCGCUACAGUGUGCCACAAUGCCAGAAGCUGGGCCAGAUCGGCGACACAUGCCGACCGUAUAAUGCGCCCGAGAACCGCACUCUCUGGUACCCAUACAACGGAGGUGUCCAGCAGAAGAACAUGGCCACCUACACGCUGCUCUGCCCAUGUGCUGGCGGGUUGCACUGCACAGCGGCCCAGUGCCAGCCAGGUACACUGGGAGAUCAGGUCGACAAUGACCUCGCUGGCAUUUAUGACGAAUACCAGUGAUGGGCAUGCUUUGUUGUCUCCCCAUCCCUGUACUGUUACACAUUCAACCUUUCUUUGCCUUGUCUUGUCCUUCCAGUCCACAGCACAGGUUGCUGUGUUCCGCAUGAACCGCACAACACCCAUCCUCAUGUGUUUGACAGCCCCACAUACCAGUGUGCGGGCCUGCCACCACCAGAGGCGACACACACACACUACACAUGCAUGCACAUCAUCAGCAGUAAUGGGGUUUCACUUUGAUUAGACCUUCUCUGAAGGAAAGUGCGAUAGCAUGGCGCCUGCUUGAGUGCUAAACGCAGCAUGAUCUCAAUAUUUGCACUUAGGUAUGUAUAGACCGAGCUGAACUGCCUCUGCCAUACACAUACCGGAACAGCAGCCUCCUCCUGGUCAAAUGACAGGUAUACACGCAGACGAGCCUUAUUGACAAUGUACUGGCUUCCCAAAACUUUGCUGGCACAUGGCAAGCGCUUUAGCUGUGAUAUGCCUGUCUGUUUUCAUUGUAAUGGAGGUUGUGCGUACUGAAUGUCACCAGGAUGCUGCGCACCGAACAGAUGCUGUAAUACCAUUGCAUCCCAUACUCUGUCUGACUGAGGACAGGGUAGCUUCACUGUAAUUAAUAUGCACCCAACAGGGGAUAAAUAUCAAGUGCAAUCUAUUAACUCUGCAGUAAGCGCCAUCCACCAUCUUGCCUACGGUACGGCAAAGCGAAACUGUUUGCUAGACCGCAUAGUUGCUGCUGUCAUCUUUGAUCGGCGGUGUCUUCCCAUUGCUGUGUGCUGCUAUGAGCGAAGCAAGGGAUUUGUGGCAACGCUGGCAGCUUGCUAGGACAGUUUUUUCAGCAAUGAGCACAAUAAAAUGAGC